UUUGAACCGAUUCGCUCUCGCUUCUCCACAAGACAGGGGCGUGGCGCCGUGGCGGUGGAUUCUAUUCUAUACUUCCAUUCACGGGAACGAAACCGCACUCUUCUCAUAAACCUCCGUUAAACCCUAAACAAAACGCUCGCAGAGAGGAGCUCGCAGCUUCCUUUUUGCAAUCACAACAAUGGAGUUCUCCGAAGAUGACUUCACUCGGCUAUUGGUCAUGGAGCAGGCGCGAAAGACUGCUGAAGCUAACUACGCCAAGAACCCUCUGGACGCCGACAACUUAACGAAGUGGGGAGGAGCGCUGCUGCAAUUAUGCCAAUUGGAGAGAGGUCCCGAAGCAAUGUCUCGGAUGAUAAAUGAGGCUGUAUCUAAGUUUGAGGAGGCUCUGGGUAUAAACCCUUCAAAGCAUGAAGCUUUGUGGGGGAUGGGGAAUGCGGAGACUAAUCUCGCAUUCCUGACUCCUGAUCCGGAUCAGGCAGACGGACACUUUUCAGCAGCCGCUCAGCUUUAUCAACGAGCUCUGGAUGAGGCUCCGAAUAAUCUGAUAUAUCAGCAGUCUUUGAUGGAGGUUUCUAAGGCACCAGAGAUACACAGGCAGGCCUUUGCUGGUGGUCACCCGGCUCUGGGCGAUGCCUCUGUUGCUUCUUCAACAACCAAGGGUUCCAGGAACAAAAAGGGCAGUAAGACCAAGGAUCUCAUAUAUGACGCUUGUGGGUGGAUCAUACUUGUUGCCGGAGUUGCCACUGUUUUAGCAAUGUCCGCAAGGUCCCGAAGCCAGCUUCCACCUCCUCCGCCUCCUUUCUAAGCCUAGCAAACUUUCCUUGUUGUGGUGAGUUUAAACUAGUUAGGUUGUAUAUGCAAUUAACACCACUCCGCUAUGGGUACAUCCUGGGCUCAGACUUUGUGGCUGAAUUUUCUUGAAAACAGGAGAACAUUGUCUAGGAUAGAAGAUAUGGAGCUUACAAUGAACUUCCUCCAAAUCACUUGGGUUUUGAGAUCAACUUUCAAUCAAUCAUCUUCUUAGUAUUUGUUUUAGCUGUGUGUGUCCUUCCCAUUUAUGAUCUGGCUGUGAAGGUUGGUUGGGUUGGAUUGGCUCAUGUUAUUGUUGGGAAAUGAUUUGCCGAAAGAUGGAGUUUUGUCGUCCGGAAAUAUGUUGGAAUAGAUCACGGCUGACCAUUGUGACAAAACAAAAUAAGUUCAAUGGACUAAUUUUCUGAAGUUUGGUGAUGGAUGA